AUGUCGACAGCAAUCUUACAGUUUUCUAUACAAUAUUCUCUUUAUUCGAGUUAUAUUGCAAUCAUUAGUGGCGUGAUUGGUAAUACUCUCAAUAUUCUUACCUUUACUCAGUUAAAACUCUUUCAAAAUAAUCGAUCAGCUUUCUAUUUGACAGUUGAAUCGAUUUCCAAUCUUCUCAAUCAACUUCUCUCUAUUGCAAUCAAUAUUUUAAUAAAUUUAUAUGGCGAUGACGCUACUGAAAAAAGUCUUAUUUGGUGUCGAUCUCGAUACGCAGCAGCCCAACUAUUAUUAUUGUUUACAUCAUAUACACUAUGUCUUGCUGCUGGUGAUCAAUUCUUCUCAACAAACUAUCAAUUCAACUUACGAAAUAUAUGUACAAUUCGGUUAGCUCAAUGUCUGACCGGCAUAUUUGCAUGCAUUUGGCUUAUACAUAGCAUUGUAUUUACCACAUCUUUCAAUAUUCAGCCUUCGUUAGGCUGUACUAUAUCAGAUCCUAUUUGGCUUCGAUAUUCAACAUACUUCUUCUAUCCAGUUUUAAUCGGUUUAUUACCGAUCUGCAUUGCGGCAUUGUUUAAUAUUUUAGCAUAUCGGAAUGUACGUCGUAUAGUUCGUCGACAACUUCCGAUAGCUCGACGGCGAUUAGAUCAACAGAUGACAGCAUUUGUUCUCAUACGUGUUGCGAUGUUAGUUGUUCUUUUUUCACCAUAUGCAAUUUUUCGUACCUAUGUACUUAAUACCCCUACUACACAAGAUCAAUCAUUACAAUAUGCAGUUACACGAUUGAUUCAAGCGAUCGUUAUAUCUUUUUAUUGGCUAAAUAUUUCGCUUAGUUGUUUUGUUUUUAUGAUCUUAUCACCACGAUAUCGUCGUCAAGUGGCGUUUACUUUGAAAAAAAAAUGCUGGCGAAGACUAAAAUCUACAUGUCUUAUGAAAACUAAUCAAAUUACAGCCGAGAACUCAAAUCCAUCGAACAUUUCCAAUAUCGAACCUGAAUAA